AUGACCCGCUAUGGAAAGUCAAGCACUGACCUGGAGAAUGAGAGCAAUGAGCAUGCCUUCAAUAUCCUAGCGAUGCUGUCCCCAGCUGCCUCUGCGAGCAGCAUGUUCAAUGAGGUCUCUAACCUCAGACACACUGCUGAGGCAGUCACUCAACCCAUCUCUCAGCCUGCUGUUUCAAUUAUUCAGCUUGCUCAAACCAUGCAGCCAGCACUACACUGGUACUGUGUUAUGCGUGGACAUGCCGUUGGUGUCUUCAUCAGCUGGACCAAUGUAUUGCUGCUCAUCACUGAUUUGCCUGGGUCCAUUUAUCAGUGCCAUGCCAACUUCGGUGCUGCACUCACUGUAUUCAUCGAGGCAGCUGGCAAUGGCACAGUGCAGAUCAUUUUCUGA